CCACCACUGGCCGCCGUACGCAGAGCUGCAGGUCGCUCUCCUUAAUCUCCAGCAAUCAUGUCUUCCUCCGCCUCCUCCAAGUACCAUGUUUCUAGCCCUAUCCCUGCGAUUCCCAAGUCCGGCGAAAUCCAUGUGAUAAUCGGCCCCAUGUUCGCCGGCAAGACCACCGCUCUCCUCCGCCGCAUCAAAUCCGACUCUAACAGUGGCAGAAGCGUGGUGAUGAUAAAGUCGAGCAAGGACACCAGAUAUGCGGUGGAUGAAGUUGUGACGCACGACGGCACCAAGUUCCCCUGCUGGGCGUUGCCGGAUCUAUCUUCCUUCAAGGACAGAUUCGGAUCUGAGGCCUAUGAAAAGGUGGACGUGAUCGGCAUCGAUGAAGCCCAGUUCUUCGACGACCUGUACGAUUUCUGCUGCGAAGCUGCAGAUCUGGACGGCAAAACCUUGAUUAUUGCCGGCCUUGAUGGCGAUUACUUGAGGAGGAGAUUCGGAUCAGUUCUGGACAUAAUUCCCCUGGCCAACACAGUCCAGAAAUUGACAGCGAGGUGUGAGAUAUGCGGGAAGAGAGCCUUCUUCACCUACAGGAAGAUCGACGAGACUAGGACGGAGCUCAUAGGUGGGUGUGACAUGUACAUGCCGCUGUGUCGCCAGCACUAUGUGAAUGGAAUUGGGCCUGCGAAAACUGUGUCUGAUGAAGAAGAAUCCCACCAGAAGAAGAAGAAGGUGUUGCUGCUGCUGGAAUCCUCCAUUGAAGUUGCACCAUUGUCUUAAAACUUUUGUGUAAAUUUAUAUAAUAUACUGAGUAGUAUUUAUUCAGGUGGGGAUUUAAAGCUUUGUCUUUGUAAUCUUUGAUGUUGUGUAAUGUGUGUAAAAGCUCUUCCCAAAGUUCUCAUAAUCAAGAAUCAAGAUAUAUGAUGCUCUAGCCUCUAUGUAAUCCUCCCUGACUUAUUAAACUUUAACCAUUAAU